UAACACGAUUUUUCGCAGGAUUUACCGGAUGUCAUUUUAGUUCCAGAUAUAAAGCUAGACUAAUUCAAGUAACGGCGAUUUAUUUCAAUUUACAAAUAUUUAACAGUGAACAAAACAAGUAAAUUUUGUGUUCUUUAUCUAAUUUUGAAAUAAGCUUCAACUAAACAAAGGAGACGACAAUUGUUCUUUAAAAUGUUUAACAUUGCGAACAAUUCGUGACGAACAGUUUAUGAAACAAACAACAUAUAAGUAUAAAAUCAUCGAAUCUAGCAUAAAAGCAUAAAAAGUUAUUGAUACGAAAGUGUAUAUCAGUACUUGAUCAGAGAGAUUCAAAAAUUGGAUCAAACAUUUAUAAAUCGAUUUUCCUCGAGAUAAGAACGUUCGAGGUAAAUGAAAUCUCGAUCUUACGCGACGACGCAAGACAUGGAGCGUUUCCAUGAAGAACAUGAAGACUAUUCAUCGAGUUCUCUUCGGCCCGAAUGUCUGCAUGGCGUAACUGAAAAAGAAUCGCAAAACGACGUCAACGCAUCGUAUUCAGCCGGACCAUUUCCGCCCCUAUAGAGGCGUUAUAACGCGCUCAUUCGCGUGAAGACCUCCACUCCCUUUCUCUUGAACGACGAGAACACCCGCAGGAGCGUUCUUCUUAUCUACAACGACCGAGUCCGUGCAUCGUACAUACCGUUUCUGCGAUAUAACGUGACACAUAUAUCGGCACUGACAAUUUGGAUCAUAGUGUUUACCGCGAGCGUAUAUAUCGCUGGCUCACCGGUCGGAGCUCAUUUUACACGGACUGCCGAUUUUCCCGGCAACUGAAGCGUGCCCGGCGUGGUAUCCGCGGCGUCCGGUUAGUUUGUCGUCGAGUGGCGGAUCAACGGUGGAUCGCGUUAGUUCGCGGUUGCUCGCUGCACCGUUCAUUCCUUCUUCCUAUACUGUCCAUACUUAGUUGAUUUCCUAUAUGUCGUUUCCCUGUAAAGGUAAACGACUCCAAAAUUCAGCGUACGGAACGAAUUAAAAGGAUACAAACACGAACGAAGAGAUAUGUCGUGACAGUCGCAGCGUUCAUCUUUCGUUACCCGUCGUCGACGCUGGACAAAGAGAGUGCUCGCCCCGGCAUACACUCGGAUGUUCUUGCGAUUUGAGAAAACGUUCGUCGAAUACUCCGUGACCUAGGAAAACCGUCAGUGCGCGAUGACGUCUUGACGAUUAAAUAGGGUGAAAUAGGAACAGGCGAAAGAGUGAGAUCGUAGACAAAACCACGUGCAGAUAUCACCAGUGGAUUUCCAGCGAGAGCCUGUUCUUCAUGAACGUGAGAAAAGAUGCUGUUGAGAGUUAACCUGGUCGCAAUUCUGCUGACCUUGAAUUGCGUCAGCCGUGCGACUGAGCAUUCGAGAUCGGUGCUAGAGAAAUGGCAGAGGGAAGAGAGAGCCGUCACUUCCGACAAAAAGAUCCUCAGGUACACGUAUGAUAAUGUCACAUCUGAGAGUUCUAUUUCUUCGGUCAAUGAUCGCAACGCCAGCGAGGUAGCUGAGAUCGAUCGUUCAAUUGACGAAGACAUCUAUAGUCCACAUUCAAAGAUUGAAGUGAAGGAACGAGAUGAAGCGCGGCGAAAGAAACGAAAGGCUGGCAAAACUAUGUUGGCGUUAUUGAUGGCGUACAAACUUAAAUUUGUUGCUUUAAUACCAACGAUACUCGGAGGUUUGAUUCUUCUCAAGGGAACGACGUUACUUGCGGGAUUUUUCUUCGCUUUAUUCGCUGCCGUUCUUGGACUGAAGAUACAUUGAUAACAAAAUCAAAUAUACAGGAGCUUUGGAAGGAGCGCACCAAGAAUACAAAAUAAAAAGUGAGAAUGACAUACGACUUUAUUUCGUAAUAAUUUACAAUCAAAUUAAACUUGUAUAACUAAUCGUCGUUAUCUUUGAGAAAGUAUUGAACGCCUGUGUUCACAAAGUAACACUUGAGGCCGAAUUUAUAAUCGCUUCUCGGAGUCAAACGUAUACAUCUCGUAUACAUCUUGUAGAAUGCGUCGCGUCGUCAAGUGUGUGUUUAUAAAUAAUGAAAUUAGUCAAAUUACUUUUUCUUAGAGACCACAAGUGAAAAACGCUACGCGAAAUCAUCCGCAUGUAUUACGAUCAUUACGAAAUAAAUGUUACGUUUCUUAAAA